AUGAUCCACAACAACACUCAAACGAUACACGCUAUCAAAGUCAAGUGCUCCGACAUUGCAUUGUAUAGGAUCACCCCACCGUUGAGUACAGUUCAACCUAAUGAAACACUGAGAAUAAGGAUCCAUCGCACACACGCACCGAUAAAACCUGACAAAAUCAUCGUGAUGGCAAUACCGACAGUCAAAGAGGAGCAAUAUCUCGAAGAGCUCUUUAGCAGUCCAUUCGUUCCGCACAGCAAGAUUACGAUUACACAGGUUGUCGAUUCUGGCGAAAACAUCCUAGCCUACUAUGCACCAUGCGCCCCUGCAAAUGCGAGAUGCUUGAAGUUUAGCUCAGUGAAGUUGGCAUUCAAUGGUGAAGUGGGAGGAGUUCAG